AGACAAUUGGCAACACUACAAAACUAAGUUGGCAACACAUCGAUUUGUUUUCAUUUUAUUUUCAAGCGUGCUAUUCUAGCUACUCAACAUCAUGAACAUGUUUGAUGAAUCUAACUCAGAAGACGAAGAUAUACAAGAAGCUUUGGCUGUUGGAAAAAUAAAACCUGGCCUCAUCAUUGAAGAACAGAAAAAGAAUUUCAUCAAUAAUAAGGCAGGUUUAAAAGAUAAAAUAAAAGAGUUCUCACUUGACAAGUUCAAAUGGAUUGAACGCUUUGAUCUAGCAAAUGAACCUGCACCUUUAGUUGGAUUUAAUGAUCAGGAGAAUUCUCAACUUGAAAAUGAUGAUUUUAACAGAGAACUCAAGUUUUAUAGACAGGCUCAAGCCACAGUCUUGGAAGGCCUGGCAAUUUUGAGAAAGCUCUCUAUCCCUACCAGACGACCCGAUGAUUAUUUUGCUGAAAUGGCCAAGUCUGAUGAACACAUGAAAAAAGUUCGAGCAAAAUUAUUGGAGAAAAAAAUUUCUAUGGAGAAAUCAGAAAAGGCAAAAAAAUUAAGAGAAAUGAGAAAGUAUGGGAAGAAGGUACAAAAAGAAAAUAUGUUGAAGAGACAAAAAGAGAAAAAAGAAAUGCUGGACUCGGUUAAAAAAUUUAGAAAAGGUCAAAUUGAUAGACUUGAUCUGUUUGAUGAGACAAUAGAAAGACAGCCUAAAAAUUCAGAACCUGCUAAAGGGAAACAGCAAUUCAAACCAAACAAGAGGCGAGAGUAUAAAAACAAAAGAUUUGGUUUUGGUGGACAGAAGAAAAGAUCUAAGUACAAUACAGCGGAUAGUGCUGCAGACAUGGGAGACUUCAGUGCCAAGAGAGCACAUGGGAAAGGGCCAGGAAAACGUAAUAUCAAGCACAAAGGUCAAGGAACAAGGCCAGGCAAAAGUAAAAGGAAAAAUUUAAAAAAUAGGAACAAAUAAAUGUAGUAAUUGUA